GCGAGAGAGAGAGAAUGGAGCAGUUCUGAAAUUUGGAGCCGCUGCCCUAAUCGCAUGGGAGACAGCUCUCCAAUUUUGCCAAAUAAACCAGCUCUAUUCUUUUUUUUAAAAAUAUGGCAAAAAACCCAUCCUGGGUCUUGUUGUCAGUGUUUUUUUUUUCUUUUUUUCUUUUUUCUUUUCUGGAAAACAAUCAAACUUGCUAAAUGAUUCAUGCUCUUCCACUCUGCUGUAUUCUCUUUUCAAAUAUCAAAAGUUUUUUUUUUUUUUGAAUUAAAAGCAAAAGGCAAUUAUGCUCAAGAAAUCUCCUUGAUGCUCUGCCCAUUAGCCUACAUUUAUCUUUUUAUUUAAAUAUGGAUAAAAAAUAAACACAGCACGCUUGAAUAUCUGCUCAAGAACAUUGCAUUAAAACAUCAUCCAGUGUUUUUUAUUCAAGCUGUAAUAUUUUAAUAUCACAAAAUUUAAUUUUAUAUUUUUGUUCUUUGCAUUCACUGGAUGUCAUAUAGUUAUAAAUGAAUAUAAAUUAAUUAAUAUAAUUAAACAUUAAAUAAACUCUGCAUUAUAAAACUAGUUACUGAUAUAUAGUUAAAAUGUUAUAUGUUUUAUAUUAACGUAACAAUCAUAUAUUGAAUAAAUCUAAAACGUAUUUAUUUUUCACACUACAUUAAAGUAAGUUGACUCUAAUGAACUUGACAUCACUAGUUAUAAAGCUUGCUGUUGCUCAGGAUUAGUUAUCAACAAUUUGCCCUUAGCUUGUAAUCUAAAAGCCCAUCAGGUCAUCCGAAGGGGUUUCUUGGAAUUGUCUGUACCGUCUCCCAGCAGGUGGUGGGUUCACUAAUCACCGUCAUGUUCCUCUCUAACUUCUCUGAAGUUAAAAUGAUUGACAACAUGAAAUGUUUGUUCGCUAUUGGAAUUUGGGAAAGCGGGUCUUGGUGAUAGGAGAUGUUUCCAUCAACACUGUGUGGGCAGUAGUGUUUAAAUCCAAUGUGUGUGUGUGUGUGUGUGUUGGGGAGUGGUGUUGGGUGCAGGGUCUGGGAUUCUGAUCACACUACAGGGAGCAGCAGACAGAGCACGGUGAUAACAAGCACUCUGAUAAUGUGUGAUUUUUAUAAACAUGGCUGCAAAGUGUUGGCCACCGCCAGCUGGAACUGCAGUCCACGACACGGAGGGCAAUCAGCUGCUCGGUAUGGGAAAAUAAACACAUGUCAGCACAUGAAGAAGAGAACUUGCAUUCAUACUUCAUAGCUCCUGAUAUUAUUGGACUCCCCACCAUACCUGAAAGUAGAAAUUUAACAGAGUACUUUGUAGCAGUGGAUGUGAACAACAUGUUGCACCUCUACGCCAGCAUGCUGCAUGAGCGACGCAUCAUCAUUACCUCAAGCAAGCUUAGCACUUUAACUGCAUGCGUGCAAGGGUCCACCGCCAUGCUCUACCCUAUGCACUGGCAGCACAUCUUCAUCCCUGUACUUCCUCCUCACCUGCUGGAUUACUGCUGUGCGCCCAUGCCAUAUCUGGUCGGAGUUCAUCUCAGCCUUUUAGAGAGAGUAAAGAGCAGAUCCCUGGAGGAUGUGGUCAUUCUGAACGUGGACACAAACACCCUGGAAAGCCCCACAGACGACCUGCACAACCUGCCCAGUGACGUGGUCUCUAGUCUGAAGAGUAAGCUGAAAAAGCAGUCGACUGCUACAGGCAGCGGGGUGGCUCGGGCCUUUCUGCAUGCUCAGGCUGCACUGUUUGGCUCCUAUCGGGACGCCCUGAGAUAUAAACCUGGAGAGCCAAUCGCCUUCUGCGAGAAGAGCUUCGUGGCACACCGCUCCAGCACCAUGAGAAGUUUCCUUGAGAUGGCCGUGAACCUGCAACUCUUCAAGCAGUUCAUUGAAGGCAGACUGACCAAAUUAAAUGCAGGAAGGGGCUUUACAGACGUCUAUGAAGAGGAGAUCACAGAGGGGCGCUUCUGUAGAAGUAAUUCGAGGUCUUAUCAGCAGUGGAUUCACAGCAAGAUGCGGCAGAGGGCAAAACCGGUCGUGAAAAACCUUCAGAUGGCCAAAGAUCACGCGAAACGGAAAAUACGCGACAUGAAGGACAAGAUUACACAAAAGGACGCUGAAGAGGAGGAAAGCCCGUACUGUGCAGGUUCUCCCACCAGCACUAAAAGCCUCUCACCCAGGAGACUUCAGAGGAAAGCGCAUCAAAAUCCAAAGUCGUCUCCACACAUGAGCCUGUGUUUUCCAGACGGUUAUAACGACAACAAUGACGACACAGCCAGCAGAAUAUCCUCUGAGGACAGCGGGGAAGUGGCGUCAUACAAUGGGGACAGUGAUGAGUCUGAUUUAGAGUUUCAGUCUGAAGUUAGUCAAACGGGGCAGAUGAACCUGCUGGAGGAGAUUUUGGACUCUCUCAGUACAUCCCACAUUGAACAAGGGCGACUGUCUGCCGCCAAGAGCCUGGACUUUUUCAGAUCAAUCGAAGACCUAGACUACAAUCCCACGAAAAAUUGCAAGUCCCCACUAGGAAGUAGUCCUGCUCAGAUCGGUUGUGAAGUAGAAAAUGGAGAACAAGGCGGAUGGAAUAUGGGUCAAGACGACAGCGCCGUCCAUGGUAAGCAUCUCCCACCUUCGCCUCGACGCCAAGCCAGCUCCCGUUCCCUUCCUGUCCGUCCUCCCCUUCCCAAUGACCUUGCCAAUGAAGAGAACCCGAGGAACUCUCUCCCAGAGACAUCAAAAGUUCAACUCUCGGUACCUUGCGACACGAACAAACCCAGCAGUUCCCAGCUGAGCCCAGACAACCGACAACCAGCAAGCUGCAGCCUCUCCCGACAGAAGGUCUUUUCAAGAAAAAUUCAGAGGCCUUCCCAGGAACAUGCCCAGCAGAAGGCAGCAAGCGGACAACCUUCGGUCCUCGUUCCGUGGGAGAGGGAAAAACAGCCCCAGGAGACAAAUGUGAAAGAAAGAGGGAACGAGACUCAGGAGAAAGGCUUGCUGGAGGAAAUCGAGUCCAUGUGUCGCAUGAGCAUGGACCUCAAAAGCAACCAGGAGCUCACGCACAUCCGAAACAACACCAGCCUGGACAAAUCCUGAGAAAACGGCACAACACUCACGUCUAACCUUUCUCUUUUAGUAUUCACGCUGUCCUCUGACGUCACACCAGCACUCUUUGCAUGAAGUGUUUGCAAAGGUGUUUUUUAGUUAAUGUGAAUGUUUGGUCCUCUUAUAUCUUACAUUCGGUCCGAAAUAACAAACGGUAUCAUUCAGAACUGGUGGUUGGAAAGGACGAGGUUUAAAGGGAUUUAUGUCAGCAUUUAACAUCCAGUUUUAUUUAUUUCAACAGAUGAUUGCACUUGCGUAGUUUCAAAUCACUGUUUCGAUAAAUCACUGUGGAUGAGGGACAGAUUUUCCCCUGUAUAUUUUACUAAAUCGUACGAAAGUAUUUAAAUAGCGAGCAAAUCUCAGCUUAAUAUAAUGCCUUAAACAGAUUUUAUUUGCUUUUACACAGUAUUUCCUAACUGUGCCACUGUAGCUGGCUAUCUUGCUAACUACUAUCAUUAUCUUUUGCAUGUGACGCGUCUUAUAAAGAGAUAUAUAUAUAUAUCUAGGCCAGGUGGACAACUGGUUCUCAAUUUGCUAUAUUUUUGAAAAAAAAAAAAUAUUUUUUCAAGACAGUUCUCAGGUUUAUGCUUUUAUCCAUGAUGAGAUGUUAGCAUUUUAAUUUCUUUAGACAAAAUCGAAAAAAUACCGAAAUCCCAAUUAUGUUUUUUAAGGACUAAUAAACUUAGUAUAUUGAUAUUUAAGUGUGAAAAUACUGGUGCUGCUGAUGCCCAGUGCAAAGAGGAAUACUUGUUACUGAUAAAUAAAUGUUUUAAACCCCUUAUUAUAGUCUUAUUCUGUACGAAGGCCAGAAAUAUACUCUACGCAAGUACAGGAACACGAACGCUUCUAGCUAACAAGCUCAAUUUCACACAAAGUUGUAAAAAUUGUAACGUAACAAGUACAUGUUGCAUUCUCAGCGUUACCACAAGAGGCGCUGUAGCAGCAUUAUCGUAAAUGAAACAAAUUUCGCAACCUUUAAAAAAAAAAAGUCUAUUCUCUAGAGUAUGAAUGUGUAGUACUACGUCCGCCCUUUUGUCAUUGUCAUGUGACUUACAAUGUUUGCGUGGCUUCACUGCCAUUUACGACUCCUCUUCAGUGGCCUCAAGGGAUAAUAAAUUAUACAUUGAAUGUGCACUUCAAAAUAUUGCAAAAAGUAGUGAGUAAACUGGGUACCUUUUGCCUACAGUUUUAUAGAGUGGGGGAACUAUGACGUCACUUUGUAAAGGUGUCUCCACGUGCUAUUCAAUAAAAUUCUAGUACAUUUAAUCUAUUAAAUAACAGCAGAGUGAGUGAGUUUUUUGGAUAUGGUAAGAUUAAACUUAUUUUAGUGAAUAAAGUAUCACAUUUCAGAUAUCAUUUUGUUUGGGUGGGUACACAAAAUGUUAUUUUAUCCUUGCUUCUAGGAAGCAAGGAUAGAAAUCCUCAACGUAUAUGCUUUCUAACAGCUUCAUGCGGCCGUAAACAUUUCAUUUUAAUGUGGCUUUAAGAAUAAUCAUACGAGUUUACCUUAUGGUACGAACCCAGAGUCUCUGUAUCAGGAAAGCGAUAAAACGAGCAUCUUCCAUCCGAAGACUUGUUGCAUUUGGGGGCAAAGCAAAAAAAACAUUGUCGAACAACAAUAUAAAAUGCGGGAAAGUAUUAAUUGAUUAUUCUACAAUUAAUUUUAUUACAAAUUAUACUUCAAUUGGAAAAUACUAUAAAUUGAUAAACUGUUCGGCGUGAUGGCGUUUAAUGUCUCCGACAGCGCCUGUAGUCCCAUUUAGCAACUUGUUAGCAACCGUCUUUUUUUCAACGUAACAGUUGAAAAAAAUCACGAGUGUGGUGUAACUGGUGUGUUUUAUGUCAUAGAAUAAAACGUGAAAGUAUCUUGAGCCUGUGUGAACAACGGACCUUAUUUUAGGGAUUUAACCAAAAUCCCAUUCAAAAAACCCAUUGACUCUGGGACGAUGGAUCCGGAAGUGCUAAUGCUAACUCGCUUCCGGGUUUUUGCCUACAAAGUCACAUCAUAGUUCCACCACUCUAUACAACGAAUUCAGUCGUACUACUCUUUUCAUGUACCAUUUUUCGCCUACUAUAUAGUAGGUAAGUAGGCAUAUUCAAAUGCCAGGCAUCUUCAUCUAUAGCUAGUUUUCUUUCACCUGAACUACUUUCAUAGUGAUUUGAAGUGAAUCUUGCUAAACAAGUUACAAAGUUAAACUUUCAACUUCUAGCUAGCUAGACAUUUGAACAUAACUAGCUCCCUUGAAUACUAACAUUUGCACAUUAAAACUCAACAGAACUGCUUGCAGAUCAUUUUAGCUAUGGAAAGAUUUGCCUUGUCUUCUGUUUCACUCAUUUCAUUUAUAUCAUCUCAUUCAAAACUGUACUGCUACACCAAACAGGAAGUGGUCAUUAGAUCCAGCACUUGUUUCUUUAGUGGCUGAUGAAUUAUUUAGGUCAUUGAGCAGAGUGAUUUAGGACAUGUGUCAUAUUGUCUGACACUUUAAUGACUCUCCUCACCCCUCCUGCGUAAUCUGCUGUGGUAACGAUAUGGCUGUAAAAUCAUUCAAAGUUUAGGACCCUGUCUCAAUCAAGCUAGGCUUCUUAACGUAGCGGCUUAACUCAAAGCUGUCCUGGAACGAUAUAUGCUUCAGCCUUUGAACAAAUCAGAUGUCCUGAUGAACUAUGCAAGAUCUGUUAUCAAUCAACUUAAAUUGCCAUUAUGUUAUUUAUUCACUGGGUAAAACCCCUACUAAAUACAAACUUUUAGUCACAUUUAGUUUUUGCUCUGUACCCACAAGACAUGCAAGGACAUGUGGUUGGAGUAACAAUGUCAACACGGAUGAUAUGCAUAUGAAAAAUAAAUAAAAUAAGUAAAAGGUGAAAUGCAAGAUGUCAUGCUUAAAUAGCUAAGCUAGCUUAAAUGCAAGAUGUCAUGGAAGCUUCUACCCACCACAGGAUUUAAAAAAAAAUAAUAAUUGUGACAUUUUAUCUCACAAUUCUGACUUUUUUCUCAAUUCUGAGAAAAAAGUAAGAAUUACAAGAUAUAGACUCAAAAUUAAGAAAUAUAAACUCGUAGUUCUGAGAAGAAAAGUUACAAUUGUGAGAAACUUGCAAUUGCGAGGAAAAACGUCAGAACUGUGAGAUAAUAAUAAUAAUUACCUUUUUUUUUCUGUGGCAGGAAAAAAAAUCGAGAUGUUAAUUAGGAAUUCUGAGAAAAAAAGUAAACUAUAAUAAUGAUAAUUGCGAGAUGUAAACUCAAGUUUGAUUGACAGGCUAUCUGGCCAAUCAUAACGCUGAAUAUGUCACACAAAACAACAAACAAACCAGACCGGAGAGUAGAAUAAUGUUGGUGGACUUAAACUUGAAAAAUGCUUUGUAUUGACAUAUUUCCUCAGUUGAAACAAGUUACCUUCUGAUGUUCAUUCAUGUUUAUUUUGCGCUAUAACUAGUAAAGAGGAAGAGAUGAACGGUUCACAUGCAGCUUGAACUGAGGCACUACAGCGAUCUGUCACGACACAUUAAAGAGCCACAAAACAGUAUUUAUUGUUUGAAUUUCUUACAAAAUGACAAAGUUUGAAAGCUGAGACUGUGUUUCAUACCUAAAGUCGCACAUUGUCCGUUUCCUCUUUGCUCCAUGAUGUAUUUUUCAUUGUGUGAGAACAUGAUUUGUGGCUGGUCUUUGCAAAGGUACAAUUGUGAGGAAAAAAGUCUGAAUUCUGAGUUUAUAUCCCACAAUUCUAAGUAACAUGAAUUGUGAGAUAAAAUCACAAUUACCUUGUUUUGUUGUUGUUUCUAUUUUGUUUUCAACCUGUGGCAGAAACAGAAAGCUUCCAUAUUCUUUUCACUUUAAUCAUUUUUGCUAACAUUGCUCAAAGGUAUUUCCUGUAAACGGGAAGAUAUAUAUGUGUACUAUUUUUAACAAUCAGCAACUUAAGGGAAGUUCUGAAAUGAAACUGACCCCCAUUCCCAUUUAAAUGCAGGGUUGUGCCUUAACUGAGUUCAUCUGCUUGAAUAAUUGUUUUAAAUGCUAGGCAGCUGCCUUCUAACUCACAAAUGGAAUCUCAUACAUUACUGAUUUAAUACACUCUACGUAGACAGCAGCUCUUUAUCUGUAAAGGUGCAGUCAGAUUAGCCAAAUUUUGUGGGCAAAAAAGGUCGACUGUCAAUAGUGUAGCGAUGUAUGAACCACAGCUCACUCUGAUGUCACUUUAAAAUCAGUCAACUUUCUGUUGAUCAACGUUUUGAAUCCAUAAUAUGGCCGCACCUUAAUGUACAUGAUACUAAGUUUAGGUUUUAGAACAGAGCUUAUAUGUAUUACAGGUACUUUAGCAUUUAGUUUAGAGUUUUUAAUUAUGGUUUCUAAAUCACAUAAUAUUGGUACUUUAACCGAAACCUGAAAUACUGUAUAAUAGUAAAUAAUAGUAGAAAAUCAGUAGUAUUUUUAUUUUAUUUUAUUUUCUGACUAAUAACCUGUUUGUAGAUAUAUGGUUGACACAAGAAAGACCAUCAGCCUGUCGAAUACCAAUCAAGUGCACAGGAACUCAACCGAAGCGUCUCACAAUGGCCAUGUGAUCAGUUUUACAUUGCAUUCUUCGUGUAUUCUCUAUUGUUUUUGAUACUGUGUAUUUGGUUUAUCAUUGUUGUCCAUGUCUUUAAGUGUGCUCUGUAUUUUAAAUAACUUCUUGAUAUUUGUCUUUGGUAAUGACUGAAAAUUCAGAAUAGCUAGAAUUUUGCCUUGAAACGGUAUUUAACCCAUUUUCUAUCUAAUUUACGUAUUUGUUAUUAAAGUAGAGAUAAUUUUAUUUAAUGUUGUUUAGCAUUAUUUGAAAUCUGGUCACAGUUAAUGUUGCAGCAUAGAAACUACCAAGUUUUGCUUUGUUAUAUUCAAUUUGAUCCAGUUACUGUUCACCAGCUGUUUAAAUUUAAACACUACUUGAAACUAGAUAGUCACCACAUAUAUUAAGGAAAGUGCUACCCAAAAUCUUUUUUUCUUUUUACUUGUUAUUGAUGUGCAUUUUUGUUGUAAAGUUCUAUGGUAUUUUUUGGGGGGGUAUUAAUUUACAGAUGCAUGAGCGCACUUCUUUAUCAGCAAAGAAAUAUGAUGUCAACUUUUAUGGUACCAUUCACGUGUUCUUACUUUGUAGUAUUGUGACGUUCUUCAUUUUCCGUCUGUUUUGCUGUUGAAUUCCUUUGUAAAUUGAGUAACAAGCUGCUGUAGCUGAAUCACUGGACUCUCCAAACUGCUUCUGAAUGUUCAACACAAUGCAACAUAUUUUGUUACACAAAAAAUCUGUACAGCUGAUUCUAUUCAAUAUGAUGAUAGACACCAGUCAUGCUUCAUUUUCUUGAAUGUUUACUGGUAGGUGCAUAUGCACUCUCCAUGUGAUCAAUUUAGUUUGUGGUGGUUGAAGUGCUUUUGAGUGAAUGAAGCUGGAUGAAGUCCGCCGCAUGCUCUCAGUGCAGUUAAAUCGUUUUCAAGUCCAAAUUAGGUCAGUCUGAUGUUUUAUUACAGAAACUACUGGUACUACUGUAUGCACUGUGAACUGAAAUAAAUUAUGUCUAUACAACUUA